CAGACAAUUAUCGUCUGUGUUUGUCUGUGCAAAGCAUGAGUGCACCCAUGAUAGCACUCGUGGUAUUUUCCAUCUACACACAAAUCCACCGGCACCUACCAUUUCAUGUGCCCUCCAAUAAUAAUUAUAAAUACACACAAAAAAACCCAUCAAUUAGUAAUAUAUAUAUACACACAUAUAUCCAUUAUCUGUCUCCAUGGGAACGCUCUACCGGAAACCGGCGGCAUUUCCCGGCGACCUGAAGGUGACAAUCCACGACGCCGGCCUGGUCGUCCCGCCUCGGCAGGAGACCGGAAACCGGUCCAUGUUCUUGUCCAACAUAGACAAGGUCCUCAACUUCGAUGUCCAGACUCUUCACUUCUUCCCGAAGAACCCGGACUUCCCGCCGGAGAAGGCGGCGGGGAGGGCGAAGGAGGCGCUGCGGAGGCUGCUGCAGUUCCCUCAUUACGACUGGCUGGCCGGCAGGCUGAGGAAGGGUGGGGGAGCGGCGGCGGGGCGGCUGGAGAUCGAGUGCAAUGGGGCGGGGGUGGGGUUCGUCCGGGCGGCGAGUGAGUUCGAGCUGGAGGAGAUCGGAGACCUGGUUUAUCCGAACCCGGCUUUCCGGAAACUCGUCGCCGCCGGGUUUGAUUUCUUGGAGAAGGAUGAUCAACCCCUAUGCAUUGUGCAGGUAACCUCGUUCAAAUGUGGGGGUUUUGCAAUGGGCGUCUCAACAAAUCACGCCACCUUUGAUGGGAUGGGAUUCAAGGCCUUUCUUCAAAACCUGGCAUCCCAAGCACGUGACGGCGGCGCCGGCGGCGGAGAUGGUGAUCUCCCCUUGGCGGUGGUCCCGUGCAACGACCGCUCCCUGCUGGCGGCGCGUUCCCCGCCGCGCGUCACCUUCCCGCACCCGGAGCUCCUCCGGCUGAACCUCGGCGACGGCGAGGAGAUGGCCCCGCCGGUCUUUGACUGCUUGAAAGAUGAGCUCUCCUUCGAGAUCUUCCGGCUCAGCUCCGCCGACAUUGACAAGCUCAAGCGCGAGGCAAAUGCGGCGCCGCCGGAAGGUGAUGCAGUAAAAGCCAAGGUUACAGGUUUUAACGUCAUCACUGCCCAUAUAUGGAGAUGCAAGGCCUUGUCUCACGACAUUGAGAACAACUCAGAGCGGCUAUCCACUGUUCUCUUUGCAGUGGAUAUCCGCCCGAGGCUCAAUCCGCCCCUCCCGCCUUCCUAUGCAGGGAACGCGGUGCUCACGGCUUACGCCACGGCGAAGUGCCGAGAGCUAGAGGAAGGGCCGUUCUGGAAGACAACACACAUGGUUUACGAGGGGGCAGCUAGGGUGACCGAUGAGUAUGCGCGGUCAGCCAUCGACUGGGGCGAGGUGUACAAAGGGUUCCCGCACGGGGAGUUUCUCGUGUCUUCGUGGUGGCGGUUAGGGUUUGAAGGUGUGGAGUAUCCAUGGGGAAAGCCAACGUAUAGUUGUCCGGUUGUUUAUCAUAGAAAGGACAUUAUUCUGUUGUUCCCGGACAUUGAUAAAAAGGACGGAAAGGAAAAGAAUGGUGUCAAUGUGUUGGUAGCUCUCCCUCCCAAAGAAAUGGAGGCAUUUCACUCCCUAUUCCUUAAAUACUUGGCAUGACCAUCAUCAUAUCUACCAUAUACAUAUGGGAAAAAAAACUUUUAGUUAUAUAUCAUUUUCGUUAUCUAUGGUGAAAAAGUUGUAAUAUCAAAAUGCAUGCUUCCAUUAUUAUAAGUACUUAAUUUAUACACACUCCAUGCAAAUAUAAAGUUCUUAGUCACUAUUUGAAUGAUUAAACUACUUUCUAGGAG